AUGGAGCCUAGAGUUACUAGGCUCCAUGGGUGUAAGGGUGCUAUUCCAUGAGCAGUAAAAAGCAGCAGCAGCAGCACUUUUCCCCUAUCACCUCCAGCACAAGUUUCUGCUGCUCGCAGUUCAGUUUCUCGAGCGACAAGCCACAAAAUCACAAGAAUGCACGACUUAUUUCAUGAGCAGCGCUGCUGCUGCGUAAAAUUACCAGACUGAUGCUAGUUAAACCACUGCUACUUUUUACUGCUCAUGAAAUAGCACCCUAAAUUUCAAGGCCAGAUCGUGCUUGCGACAGAAUGCUAGGGUAUUUACCCUCAAAAAAUUAUUCUUGUUCGAGCCAGAUAUUUUGUUCUACAGUGCUGAUCAACCUGGUAAGAGAUAUCGGCUACUCACUUCUGUUGACAAACCACAAAAUGUUUAUCAAAAUAGGUUAACAGGUUAUGUCUUGAACUUCUUGGCUUCAGCUUUCGGACUGAGGUCCGUGCUCCAGCUCUACUUGAUUACGAAAAGACUUCAAAAUUCACUCGUGUUGGCCAUCUUACAAUCGAUCCAAUGCCUAGUCUGAAGGAUGAGUCUGAUGGGGAUGGGGAGGAAAUGUCUCACGACAGCAAUGAUAGCAACCAAAGUUCAGCGUCUUGUGACAGCAGUGCCGAACACACAGAUAGCGAUGAUUCCUCGGAGAUGGAUGAAGAUGAAUGCGAGAGGCGCAGGACAGAAUGCAUGGAAAAUUUGGUCGAUCUUGAAAGGCAGUUCACUCUGCUCAAAGAGCAAUUAUACAGGGAGCGAAUCACUCAGGUGGACACUAAGCUUGGCGAGGUAAAAAUUGGAAAAUCUGAAGAAUAUUUAGUACCCUUAGAACGGCUGAAAGAAAAUAUGAAAACUAAAACCGAAGUCGCUGGCAUUUUGAAACAGUAUCGGUUGCAAAAUAUUCAAAAUAAAUACCUAGCCGAAGAACAAGCAGCGUUGCAAAAUUUCCAAAGUGAGAAAGAACUAAUUUGGGAUUACUUUCACAAUGAACUCCAAGAAAAAAUACGAAGGCUUGAAGAGGAUAGAAAUAACGUAGACAUCCACGCCGAUUUGUGGCUUAACUCUAGCGGCAGAAGACGCAGGGGUCACACUGAUCGCAGACGUGCCGUAUCUGUCGCCGGUCCCUACAUAGUUUAUAUGCUUAACGAUGCAGACAUUUUAGAGGACUGGGCUGUAAUUAAAAAAAGUUUGAGCAGUCGUAAGGCAGAAAUAUUGUAGAACCGUCAGUAAGGUUGCUCAAAAACGCCAAAUACGAUAACAGUAAAUAAAGUUAUUCGCCUUAUACUGUCAAAUCUGCAGAUUUGAAGUACUGAAUAUUGCAUGAGAAAUCUUGUCUUAGAAGUACGCGUGUGAGUAAAUCAGCAAUACAUGCUUCGGAGGUUACAAAGUUAUGAUUAAAUUUACAAAAUAUUGCUUUUAAACAACUUGUGAAACACAAGUUCUGUAUUCACACACACAACAGUGUCCUUCGAAAAAACAUUUUUUAUGGAUUUUGAUACCAAAUUAAAAUGCAAUGUUCACAAUCAUGAAACAAAUUGGUAUUCAAUCAACCCUUUAAUACUGACAGAUUUGAGGAUCAACUCGUAAUGCAGUAACCACCACGGUGAGAAGUCAGUUACAGAUAUUUCAAAUAUUUUAUGUCUAAUGUUGAAAAUGAAUCUGUACAGCUCAGUUUUUUCUCAAUCCGUAAUUAAUUAUAGAUUAGAAUAGUAUACAUCUUAAGACUCGUGGUAUAAAUAUUUUCCAAUAACAAAAUAAAGAGAUGUUUACCGGA